AUGUCUCCCCAUAGCAUGAGCCCUAGCAUCACAAAUUCUGAGGACACUUCGAAUACAACCCAAUUACACACAUCAGCAGCAGCAACAUCGUGCAAUCGUCCUGGUGGAGACAUUGUUAUUAUUCCGUCAAACCCUUCGAGGCUCGACAAAGGUUUUUCUAUUUUAUCACCGUCUAGCCAUCAAGCAUUGAUUGCCGGUGAGGGGUCUUCGUCAAGUGAUUCUUUGACCGCGCAAAUUGCUGCCGAUGACGAUUCAACCGAGUCUUCGCCGAGCACUCAGAAUGUAGAUUGCGCCUCAAUGUAUUACCAACCUGAUUCAAAUGCAGAACUUGCUCAACCUAUGCUGGUGACUUUUGAUAACAUCUACUCAUGCCCCGUCGAGUCUUUCUGCUUAGAAAGUACAAAUCCGGCUCCGAAUAAGCCGCUGGCAAGUACAUGCGGUACACGAUGUGCAAAUGCUGCCACAGGGAUGCACGCUGCUAGUUCAGCCGGUUCCAAGUCAUCCGGGACUGCUCGUUGCCCUGAUUUAACAAACGAGACCGGGGAACAACGUCGCAAAAGGAGGCGAAUUUCAAUGGGUACAGAUAUCAUCCGGCAUGUUGGGGGUUAUCCUAGCAAUACCGGUCGGUUGCAAUCUGAAUUCCACCAGACAAAUUCGGCGGGAUGGGGCCCAGUGCCGCCUGUUGCUACUCCAACAGGCUUAAGCGGUCCCCAGAAAGUCAUGGGCACUUAUUUUCAUAGCUGUAACCCCCUGCUCGAUAACAGCGAGCUCGGCAAUCUCUCAGUGGAGACUGACCGAGAGAGGACACGUUUUAACCCGCUGGCAAGCAAUGCGUUAUUCAGCCUCUUCCCGAACCCCCAGCUCGACGACAGCCAGCUCCACAACAUCCCGGUAGAGACCGACCAAGAGAGAACACGUUUCAACCCGUUGGCAAGCGAUGCGUUAUUCAGCCUCUUCCCGAACCCCCAGCUCGACGACAGCCAGCUCCACAACAUCCCGGUAGAGAUCGACCAAGAGAAAACACGUUUCAACCCGUUGGCAAGCGAUGCGUUAUUCAGCCUCUUCCCGAACCCCCAGCUCGACAACAUCCAGCUCGACGACAGCCAGCUCCACAACAUCCCGGUAGAGACCGACCAAGAGAGAACACGUUUCAACCCGUUGGCAAGCGAUGCGUUAUUCAGCCUCUUCCCGAACCCCCGGCUCAACAACAUCCAGCUAGACGACAGCCAGCUCCACAACAUCCCGGUAGAGACCGACCAAGAGAGAACACGUUUCAACCCGUUGGCAAGCGAUGCGUUAUUCAGCCUCUUCCCGAACCCCCAGCUCGACGACAGCCAGCUCCACAACAUCCCGGUAGAGAUCGACCAAGAGAAAACACGUUUCAACCCGUUGGCAAGCGAUGCGUUAUUCAGCCUCUUCCCGAACCCCCAGCUCGACAACAUCCAGCUCGACGACAGCCAGCUCCACAACAUCCCGGUAGAGACCGACCAAGAGAGAACACGUUUCAACCCGUUGGCAAGCGAUGCGUUAUUCAGCCUCUUCCCGAACCCCCGGCUCAACAACAUCCAGCUAGACGACAGCCAGCUCCACAACAUCCCGGUAGAGACCGACCAAGAGAGAACACGUUUCAACCCGUUGGCAAGCGAUGCGUUGUUCAGUCCAUUUUCCAAUUCUCAUUUCCACAGCACCACGACACAAGUUGGUCUCAAUUCGUCCGAAAUCGACUGUGCGACGAGUGAAGUUUUUUAG